AUGGUUCGCAGACAUCGUGAACAGAGCACAACUGAGGAUGAAAUCGUAAUUGACACGCCGCCGCCGAAAAAACAUAAAAGGCAUAAGCACAAAAAGCAUAAGAAGAGAAAAUUAGAAAAUGAAUACGAUAGCGAAUCGUCUAUCGACGUAUCGUACGAAGACGCUGUGGCCAAACCGUAUAAAAUUAAGGUAAAAGGACGCGACGUACCAGGAACAUCCGCAGCGGAUUUAUUGAAAGCGCAAACAAUGAAGUCGUCUUCCGACUCUCGGAGGUCCAUACCUGGCUCUUCAUCUAGCACUCCACCAAAAGCAUCAUCAUCUAAGAAAAAGAAGAAGGGCAGAGACAGCGGCACUUCUAGUGAAGAAGAAAGAUGGCUAGAUGCUAUAAAAUCUGGAAAACUGGAAGAAGUUGAUGAAGAACUUAAGAAAAUAAAACCAAAAGAUCCAAAAAUGAUGACAGCCAGGCAACGGGCCAUGUACGAGAGAGGUACUGAUAAGGAGACCAGUCCUGGAGGAGAAGUUCUUCUAGCAUUGCCUUCAGGAUACAAAGAAAAAGUAAUGACUGAGGAGGCCAUACAGAAAGCUGCAUUAAAGUCACAAAAACGUAAACAAAUGGCUGAUGAGAAAAGGGAAAAAGAUAAAAAGAAAACCAUGGACAGACUAUUGAAAAAACAGGAAUCUAAAUUAAAGAAUAUGUCAAAAGGGAAGCCUACAAGGAAACUGGAACCAAUGAUUGUAUACAAAAACAGUAAUAGUGAAAUCUCAUUAUCUUUGCCACCUGGUGUGCCAUUCCCACUGGAGAAGAAAUGCCCCAUAGAUCCUCCGAAACCCAUGAGGUGUGGUGUUGAUGGAUGUAACAAUAUUAAGAAGUACAACUGUUCCAAAACUGGAAUCCCUUUAUGCAGUUUAGAAUGUUAUAAAAGAAAUCUUUUAGCUAUUCAAUAA